AGUGCGUGUCUCCUGACAGCGUGCCAGCAUCAAGGCUGUGACCCUGAGGAGACGCUGAAGUGGCUAUAUAAGACCAGUCACAGAUUUCUAUGCAACAGUUAAAACUAAAUCGCCUCAACAUGAAGCUUGUCAUCCUCGCCGCCGUGGCCACCGUGGCCCUCGCCGCCCCACAGUACAGCUACAGCGCCCCCUCCCGGGACUCCAGCGAGGAAAGAGUACAUGUUCCCAUUUUGAAGGACGAGCGCGUCCACGAGGAUGACGGAACCUACAACGUGGACGUGGAGACUGGCAACGGCAUCGUCCUGGCUCAGUCAGGCGUCCCAGCUGGCCCUGAGGGCUCUGUCGUCAAGUCUGGACAGUACUCCUACACCGCCCCUGACGGCACUCCCAUCGUGGUUAAGUUCGUCGCCGACGAGAACGGCUACCAGGCCCAGUCUGACGUGCUGCCCGUGGCCCCCGCCUUCCCCCACCCCAUCCCCGACUUCGUUCUGGAGCAGAUCGCCAAGGCUGCCCGUGAGGACGAAGCCCGCGCCCGCGGUGACUUCGACUCCUCUGAGGAGUACGGCUACGCCCCUCCCUCCUCCUCCUACCGCGCUCCUCAGUAACCGAUCUCAUGUGAUGAGUGUGCAUAUAAUUUAUUUCUUAUGAUAACUAUUAAAUUAUCAGAUCUUUACAAA